AUGAGUUCAUUUGCUCUCCAGCGACUAUUUCAAGGAAGCGUUACGGGGACGCAGUACAUACUAGGCCUGUUGGUCUUACUGCUUGUCACCGUCGAUGCAGAUGUGUUCACGUCAAUCGCCGAUAUGCAAUCCUUGCUCCAGUCUGAGAAAGCUAUUCCAAAGAUCCUCAGAAAAUACAUUGAAAGCGAGUAUGAUCGUCUUGAAAAACUCAAAGAGUACGGUACUUUUUUGGCUGCAAUCAUGGAGAACAUUCACAUCAGCUUUUUAUUCAGUAUGAUACGGAAAUACGAGGAACGAAAUGAGGAAGCAAUGAACACUGACAUCAAGGACCUCAUCAACCCGAUCAAUGCUUUUCUUUUUAUCAAAAAGAAGGUGAGCCUUGGCUGGGACUCUGUUGUGUACUUGUAA